GGGAAACGCCAAGAAUGAAAGUGAAAGAAAUACAAAAGCAGUAAAGUUUUUUAAAAAAAUGUAGUUUUGUAACGUGAGUUUUUUUAUUAAACAUGAUUUAUUGACACUUUAAAAAUGGAGCAUCUAUUAUUUAAUUGUCGAGAACGAGACAGGUUGAAUAGAGAUAGUUUAGUAGAUGUUGUAGUUAUUGGAAAUCAUAAAUAUCAUGUACGAGACAUUAUAGAAGAAAUACAAGUAAUAAGAAGACUUAUUAUAUCAGAAUGGGGUGUUCUACAAAACAUAGCCACAUACAAUAUAAUGCCCAGGCAAGAAGAAAUAUCCAGAACAAGGACAAUGAUCAAUCAGUUUUUCAAUAGCAUCAUUCAUUGUCUAGAUAUCACAGUUUGUAACAAACUGAAAGAUAGAUAUAGAAGAAAAAUCACUGAAGAAUUUGCUGUAUUUUAUAACGGUAUAAUUGAUAUUAACAAAUUAAAAAAUGAUUUUAUUCAAAAAUUGGUUGCAGUAACAAAUAACAAUUCUGAUAGUCCAAUCUACCAGUAUUUUCAUACAUUUCUUGAAAUUCACGAUCAUGUCCUGGACAUACUUUAUAAGUGUGGUGAAACAGAAGAACCAUUUAAGAAACACUUGGAAAAAAUUAUGAGGAAUAUUAUUGUAAUAGGCAGAAAUAAAUUUAAACGCAAUAGAGAUACAAUAUUUGUUUGUGAUUGUAUGAAAGAACUUUUAUUGGCUACAAAUUUACUAUGUAAUAAUAUAUAUGGUGUACAAGAAUUUUGGAGAUUGUGCAAUAAGCUAUUACAGAAAGAAGAUGCUUCAUUUUCUUUGGAAUUCCUGAAGAAUGUAACUGAUCUCGAUUCAAUGAAAAACAAUUUUGGAGUUGAAGAUAAGCUUUGCAUCGUAAAUGCAUCAAAUUAUGAACUGCUUCAUAAUAAACUCAAGGAUGUUUUGAUAAAUGCAGAGUACGAUGCGUUACCAAAUGUACUGAAAACAGUAUAUUCACUUGCAAAUAAGGCAUGGGCAAAAGAUGCAACUGUAGAAACCCACCAAAUUCUAUGGGAUUACUACAGUAAAAGACUGAAUGUAUCUAGCAAGAACUAUGAAUCAUACAAUGCCAGAGAGUUUUUUGAUCUAGCCGAGAAGAUAUUGUCAAAUCCAAAGGACUGUGACGAGUCCUUUGAGAUAUUCAUAGGCAUGUUGGUGUGUCACCUUAGAAACAACCCAUUGCAUUGGGGCAAGAUGAAAGGUCGGAUUUACUCACAACUAGGACCAAAUAAGAUCAAAGAAAUGAAUGAAAUCGGUUUUGUUCACAUCAUGCUUUUGUUCAUUUGCUUAAGUAGCGUGCAAUAUGCAGAAUCACAGAAGAAAAUACUGACUUUUAUGCAGUUCUACCCACCAGAUAGAUAUUUGACUGUAGUAUGGAAUGUUUAUACAGCAUUUAUUCUGACACAAGUUAAGGAGGGCCAUGACAUUGGAGAGACUCAUCUGCCUUGCUUGCAAAUGCUUCGACAAUCAGUUUGCUCGAACCAAAAACAUUUUCACCUCGUCAAAGAUUUUUUGGUGAAUUUUGAACACAUAUUGAGCCUUAGCAAAAGUAUGCACUUGAAACAGUGGUUAUUAUUUGACUUUUGGUUAGAAAAGUAUUUCCAAUCUUGUUACUAUGCAGAUUUGAAAUUAGGUUUGGAUGUAAUUCUGACAACUGUACAAAAAGUUGGCACCCCUGACAGCUGGCCAUAUUGGGAACCUACUUUUAAAACGCACAUCUAUCCUAUGCUUAUGUCUUUAGCUAAUUUAAAAAAUCCUCCUUCUAUAGUGGGAACAAUUGCGGGCAAAAUAGCUUUGCUCGCUCCUCAAAUGUCCAAAGACAUCAUAGAAUUCUUUAACAGUGAUUCUUUAACUACUGUCAUCAGUCUUCCGUUUUUAAGGGUGGUGUUGAAUAAUAAUUUUCUUUUAACAUCCCACCAAGAAAUCUUGGUGAUACAGUCCUGGUUUAAGAUCUGUCUACUGACUUUAGAGUCGACUGAUGACUUAACGGCAAACGUUUUGAGGCUAGACUUACUCCCGAAACUUUUGAAAACACAUUUAGAAAAUACAGAUGAUCCAGUUAGAGGCUUGAUAGAAUAUUUAGGCAGAGAACUGAACCUUAAGACAGAAUCCGCAAAUAUUCAUAAAUUGUGUGAUAUGACUUUUGGGCAUGCAAGCAAUUGGUUGCAUCAUUUUCUGACUGAACCAGAAAAUGAGGCUUUGGUCUUUCGAAUAUAUACGUACAUGUCAUUAGCUUUUCAUUAUUGUGGGACAUUGUUGUACCAAAAAAGUAAAAGUACCUGUCCAGCUGUAAGAUUGUUGCAAACACUCUAUUUUCCAAAUUCCUUUCUUGUAGGCAAUAAAGCCCCACAUCCUUUUAUAUUGAAUGCUAUAAAGAAAAGUUGGGGGUUACUUUUUGAAGCGCUGGCCACAUUGAACACAGAUAGCGAUAGUUUCAUAGAUAGAACUCUCAAGGAUAUGAUAGUAAAAUAUAUGCCGUACUUUUCAACAAGUGAUUCCCCUAUAAUAUCGUGUUUGGAGAAAGAAAAGCCUUGCUCGUCUGUGAUUUUAGAAAAAAUGUAUCUUUGUUACAUGAAACACCCUGUCAAAGAAGCUGAUGAUAAUAUACUAAAAGUUUUAAGGAUACUCAGUAAUAUAAUCUUAAGUUCUACCUCAUUUUCCCUGCUACAACUCAUCACCCACAAGAUUGUGUAUGGUCUUUUUGAGCUUGUGAUUUUCCACAAUCAACGCAAUAAUUCUUUGAAUGUCAUCAAAGUAUUAACGAGUUCUCAGCUGUACUCCCAUGUUAGCGCAGAAUUCAAAAAGAAUAUCGUGCUUGUAACGCAAAAACACUUAGCUUUCAACACAGUGAAUUAUUUCCAGUUAAUGUACGCUCUAGCUAGGUUUGUCUCAAGUGAUAUCAAGGAUGUAAUGGAGAGUAUAAGGCAUCAAGUAAAGGAAGUAGAGAGGAAAAGGGGGGUUGGUUUUGAUAGAAACCUGAGACUGCAGUUCGAGAAACUGGAAAAUAUUCUGAAAGAAGGCGUUUAAAAUAAUGCUGAUUUUGGAGAAUAACGAUCAGAUUUCAUUUUAACCCAAGGACUUGUUCAUUUCUAGUCUGAAUCUUCGCUUAUAAAAGUUGGAUAGCGUAACAUGUAUAUAUGCUUCUUCCUUAUUUCGAUUUUGCGCAGUAGCGAGACAAACAUGCGUUAUCGAAAUAAGAAAGCUCCGUUAAUUACGGAGGAUAUGGGAGGGCUUAUUCCGUAAGGUUAUAUUUUUCUUAUUUACGCGCUCUUGCCGGAAUUUGUAAAGGCGGAUUUGCUUUAUUGAAAAAAUUUCAAGUUAUAAAAACAUUUUUGUUAAAUAUAAUGAAAAUGUAUGAGUUUAAGAUCGCAGAUUAAAAUAAAUGCAAGAAACAGAGUGUUCUGAAUAAAUUGAAUUGUCUUUAUUUUUGUUAUCUGAGCAAUGUGGCAAGGUAUGCUUUUAUUGGAGUUCUCCUAGGCGUACGAUAAUUUCAAGUACGUGUACGAUGAUUGCUAUUUUUUUUUUUUGGUGAGGGGGAAUGCGUUUAUGCACCAUACCGUAGCCCGAGCUACAGCGUGUGUGGGACUUCAGGUUGUCUUGAGGAGACCACCUAAUACCCACUAAACUCUAACCUCCGCGUGGCCCGACUCAUCAGCGUCUCGGUAGGCCAUGUGUUGUGCGUGACCUGCGGAGUGCUACAACGUCUCCUCAUGUGUUUCAGUCUCUGGGAACGCCGGGUUGGUUCCCUUUACCUCGCACAGUUCUCUCGAUGUCGUUAAGCGAGCUAUGUUCUCUUGAAACUCUUGUUUUCGAAAAAUCAUGAGUUUCAAACAAUAGCUAAAUGUACGAUAAGUCCUUUUAUCCCCCUCCCUCCCCUCGCUUUUCAAUUGUCACCAACAAUUAAUUGUCCCCUGACACGAAAAUCUUCUGCCUGACCAUGAAUCCUGUAACCAUACGACACUACGUACGAUAAUUUCGACAUACUUGUUCGAUUAUGUCUCGCGAUGAAUCUGGACUCGAAUAAAACAAAAACUUUUUGAUGAAAAAUUUUAACAAGUUUUUGGACAUUUGGGGUAAAAAUAAAAAAAGCAUCUUGUCAGUAGUCAAUACUGUCAAAUUACCACGGUUCAAAAUAACGUAGCGUAAAGCGCGAUUCGUUAUUUUUGUCGUACAGAAAACUCUCUAUCAUAAACUGUUUGUUUUACUUGAAGUACGUUUUUAAUAUAACAAAUUGCAGACGAUUUUGCUCAACAAUGCAAGCAAGCUUGUUUAAAUGGAAACUCAUCUAACCGGACACACUUGUCGCAAUAUGUUGCAGACCAUCAGAAUGUCUGGCAAAUAUUGCGCAACAUGUGGCUGGCGCAUUUACUUCAAUAUCUGCAAAAUUUUGUCCGGCGAAAAGUGUCAGACAUGGCAAAAGUCGCCUGGUACACUUUUGACUCCGGCGUUGGUUUCGCGAUAUGUUGCAAAUUUUUGGCGCAAAGUUGUAACGCAAACGUACCUUAAGGAGACUGUUAUUUAGAUAUAUUGAAGAGUCUAAAAAUAUCCAGUCAGAAAAUUAUACCCGUUUUGAUUUCCAUUUUCCAUGAUGCAUUUCAUAGAAUUUAGUUUAUUUUGAAAUCUUCGUUAUUUAUUCAAAUUAUGUUUGACUCAUCAAUAUAUCCUCUAUUGUAAAUAUUAAGUGUAGUUAUAAGAACUACCUAGUUUGUUGAUUAUUUUUAAGUUCACUAAAAGAAGCUCAUUAUUUUGUAAGUUUAUUAUGAUGUUCUUGACACACGCAAUGAAAUAUACAAAAUGAUAUUAAACUGGU